CUGAUGUUGGUUGCUUGUGUCGCGAUCCACUGCAGAAGAGGGGAUCGGUAAGGGGUAGCAGGCGAGAGAGAAGGCUUACAUAGGAAGAAGAGGGUGGUCGGUGAAGAAAGAGGGGAAGAGCAGAAAUUCAUCCGAUUGGCGGUCUGGCACCAGUCGGCAGUCCAACCGUCAAUGAGAAGAUGGCCGCUGGGCUCGGUGGAAGUGUCGCCAUUGUUUAGUGUUUAGUUGUUUUACCGUUUCUCGCCUAAUUUCACGGGAAGCACGAUAAAAAUGCCAAGUGCGUCGUUCACAUCGUCGCGCAAUUACGUGCGAAGAUCCCGAAGAAAAGGUGCGAACAGGAUUCCGGUGCCUUCAAGAACCACCUCGGCCGAGCCAUGCGAUUUGCCAUGUUCAGCGUCAAAUCAGAUACCACCUGGUGGUGGAGUUGGUGGUGGAGGAGGAGGAGGAGGAGGUGGAGGUGGGGGUGGAAGCGGUGGAAGAGGAUCCUCACCUAGUGUUUCCGGUGUUGCAGCACCAUCACCUUCCCCAUCACAUUCACAUUCAUCUCCAUAUGAUUUAAGACGUAAAAGUCCACCUCAUCCGGAUCCUGCUCCUGGCACCAGUUCUGCUCUACCUCCUUCAGGUGGUAGUAGUAUAGGAGCCACUCUUGGUUCUUCCUCUCUACCGGCGAGAAAACGGCCCAGACGGACAUGUUCGUUAUCCACAGAUGGUACAAAUACAAAUACCGCAGCACAUUACCUUCAGUACGAGUUACCAGACGAAGUGCUGCUUACUAUAUUUAAUUAUCUAAUGGAACAGGAUCUUUGUAGAGUUUCGCAGGUCUGCAAACGUUUUCAAACGAUUGCGAACGAUACUGAACUAUGGAAGUCCUUGUAUCAACAAGUUUACGAAUACGACUUACCGCUGUUUAAUCCUGCGCCUUGUAAAUUUGAAUUUGUAUCCCCUGAUGAAUCAGACUAUCCAAAUGCAUGGAAAGAAAGUUUUAGACAGUUGUAUAGGGGAGUACACGUCAGACCGGGAUUUCAGGAUUUGAAAUUCAAAGGUCGAAAUUUGCCAUACUUUAAUACAGUUCAGGGAGCACUAGAUUACGUAGAUGAAUAUAGAAGCAAUAGCGGUACCUCGUCAAACAAUAGCACAACCACGAGCGGUCAAGGAAAUUGUUGUGGAAACAAUUCUCAUACAGCUGAAGAGGCACCUCAACAUUUAGUUUUCUUACAUGCCGGAAUAUAUAGGGGCGAAUUUCUCGUAAUUGACAGCGACGUUGCAUUAAUCGGGGCAGCACCCGGAAACGUUGCGGAAUCUGUUAUAUUAGAACGAGAAAGCGAAUCUACAGUUAUGUUUGUAGAAGGAGCGAAACGAGCUUAUGCUGGCCAUCUUACGUUAAAGUUUACCCCGGACGUUACCAGUACAGUACCACAUCAUAAACAUUAUUGUCUGGAAGUUGGUGAAAACUGCAGUCCUACAGUCGAUCAUUGUAUUAUUAGGAGUUCAAGUGUUGUUGGAGCAGCUGUUUGCGUAUCGGGUGUUGGAGCGAAUCCUGUGGUGAAAAAUUGUGACAUAUCCGAUUGCGAAAAUGUCGGGCUUUAUGUCACUGAUUAUGCACAAGGAACUUACGAAGACAAUGAAAUCUCUAGAAAUGCAUUAGCUGGAAUUUGGGUAAAAAAUUAUGCCAAUCCAAUAAUGCGAAGGAAUCAUAUUCAUCAUGGAAGGGACGUCGGAAUCUUCACAUUCGAUAAUGGUCUUGGCUACUUUGAAGCUAACGAUAUUCAUAACAAUCGAAUAGCAGGUUUCGAAGUAAAAGCUGGUGCUAAUCCAACGGUCGUACACUGUGAAAUACACCAUGGUCAAACGGGUGGUAUUUAUGUCCAUGAAAAUGGUUUAGGGCAAUUCAUCGAUAACAAGAUUCAUUCGAAUAAUUUUGCUGGUGUUUGGAUUACUUCAAAUUCGAAUCCAACUAUUCGCAGAAACGAAAUCUACAAUGGUCAUCAAGGCGGAGUAUAUAUAUUUGGAGAGGGAAGAGGCUUAAUCGAACAUAAUAAUAUUUAUGGUAAUGCCUUAGCUGGCAUACAAAUCAGAACAAAUUCAGACCCUAUCGUUAGACACAAUAAAAUACAUCAUGGACAGCAUGGUGGCAUAUAUGUACACGAAAAGGGGCAAGGUUUAAUCGAAGAGAACGAAGUAUAUGCCAAUACUUUAGCAGGUGUUUGGAUAACAACCGGAUCGACGCCGGUGCUAAGAAGAAAUCGUAUUCAUAGCGGAAAACAAGUUGGAGUUUAUUUUUAUGAUAAUGGACACGGAAAACUAGAAGACAAUGAUAUUUUCAAUCAUUUGUAUUCAGGAGUACAAAUAAGAACUGGAAGCAAUCCAGUGAUACGUGGGAAUAAAAUUUGGGGUGGACAAAAUGGUGGUGUUCUUGUGUAUAAUAGUGGACUAGGUUUACUCGAGCAAAAUGAAAUUUUUGAUAAUGCAAUGGCAGGAGUUUGGAUUAAAACCGAUAGUAAUCCUACAUUGAAAAGGAAUAAGAUAUUCGAUGGUCGGGACGGUGGAAUUUGUAUAUUCAAUGGUGGCAAGGGUGUUCUCGAAGAAAACGAUAUAUUUCGUAACGCGCAAGCAGGAGUGCUUAUAUCGACACAAUCCCAUCCUGUGUUGAGGAGAAACCGAAUCUUCGACGGAUUAGCAGCUGGCGUUGAAAUAACAAACAAUGCAACAGCUACGUUGGAGUUUAAUCAAAUUUUCAAUAAUAGAUUUGGUGGAUUGUGUUUAGCGAGUGGAGUUCAACCAACAACUAGAGGCAAUAAAAUAUUUAAUAAUCAAGAUGCUGUUGAAAAAGCUGUUGGAAACGGCCAAUGUUUGUAUAAAAUAUCGUCAUACACCUCUUUCCCUAUGCACGAUUUCUAUCGUUGUCAGACAUGCAAUACAACAGAUCGCAAUGCAAUUUGUGUGAACUGUAUAAAAACCUGUCACGCUGGACAUGAUGUGGAAUUUAUUAGACAUGAUCGAUUCUUCUGUGACUGUGGUGCUGGAACAUUAAGUAAUCAGUGUCAGCUUCAAGGUGAACCUACGCAAGAUACAGACACAUUGUACGAUAGUGCAGCACCAAUGGAGUCACAUACACUUAUGGUCAACUAGGAACUAACCUAAACUAAAUAAAACAAUCAAAUGACAUUGAAUCUGUAACAUCAAAUUUAUUUAAACGUGUAAUAAAACAAAAUACGCGUUAAUCGACUGGAAACACGUAACAGACUUCCCAUGUGACUUUUCAUUAAGUUUCUUUAAAUGUUAACUUCGUAUAUAAAAGAAAAGAAGUGCAGUGUGUAUGUGUAAAGAAAUGGAAAUAAGGUAUUAAGAAAUACGUGGUGAUCGUGAUGUUACGAGAUAAAAGGAGAGACUUUUUAAACAAUGAAGACAAUUGAUACGAUGCACUAGCAUUGAUUAAAAGUAACUCUUUCUAACCUCACGAUAUAAAAAAUAUAGUGUCGCGAAUGUAAAUUAUGUAUAAUUCGUAUCGUUAAUAAACGCGAACGAACUUGCAACACUAAACUAAUGGGGCUGUUUACUACUCGGACAGAAGUACGUCGACAUCAUAUAAAAUGUGAGAUAUGUUACAGAGAAAUUUACAAUCACGAUUAAACAAAACUUAAUACACCAGUGAGUUAAGACAGAUACAAUGAUGAAGUGAAUAAUGUGUAUUCUGAUACUGAUGGAAUUGUAGGUAAUCGAACAACUAGCUUCCAGGCAAGUGCGACUUUAUUAAUAAACACGUGAAUCUGUGGUACAAAUUUGGAAGGACGGACGAGAAACGUGCGAAACGAAGACCCAUUAAAGAACAGACUGAAACGGAUGUCUAAAAAAUGUGAUAUGUAAAAUUCACAACUCGAAUAAUCAAAAUGGAACAAACAUCUAUACAAUUCUAAGAAAAUUUCUUUUCGACGUAAGUGUACCUCAUAAACACACGUAUUACAAUUCUUCGAUUCUACUAUCCGCAUUGUGAAUAGUGAUGGCCCUAAGUUACCCGAUGGGGGAAGUGCAUAAUAAGACAAAAGUAAAAUAUUUAAAAAUAAAUUUAAACAAAAGAAUUUACAUAAUUAAUAUACGUCGGUGUAUACCAGUGAGAGAGAAAAAGCCAAGAUUUACGAGGAAAUGAUAAGAAAGCAAAGAAAAUGAUAUACUGUCCAAGGAACAGUGUUGAAAAAUAAAAAAUAGUAAUCUCGAAUUUUUAAAGUAAUCCGAUUUUUUUAAUAUUAUGUUAGCUGUAAAGUCUAAUCGUAUUAUUAUAAUUGUAUUCCAAGGGCGGACUCUUGUAUGAAAAAAAAGCAAAUGAAGAAAAAAAGCGCCUAUUAGCGAUAAUUUUAGAGGCAAGCGACAUCCAUUUAUGCAAAAUGAUGAAUAUGAAAUAAGUAGACGAAAUAAUGAAAUCACCAUUGUGGAUAAAAUUUUGUUUUACGUACAAGAUUUUACGAAAUCUCUCGUAAUUCAUUAUAUUGUAUGUAGUACUUUUGUAUAUCAUUUGGUAGAAUGUGUAACGAUUAGGGAUGUGUGGGUAACCGACAUUUUGAGCUCGGAUCGGGUCAGUUAAAGUCGGGCAGAUUCGGAUAGGUAUCCGAGAUAUCCUCGAGUCCGACUGUUUCGGGUUAAGCCAGAGAGAAAUAUGCAAUUCAUAAAUUUGUAAAUUUAACUAUAUUUAAAUUUGAAAUUUCUUAAUUCCAACUUAAUCCUCUAACUUGGCCCGAAAUACUUGGACACAGUUGAGCCUCAACAUCUCUAUGCUCGACCUUUUUUGAUUCGACCCGACAACUCAUGUAACUCGACACAUUCGAUUACUCGCACAUUCCUACGUAAUGGUACGUGAGAAUUGCCUUUGAACUUACUGACCUAAGGUCCGUAGUAUUAUACACCGCAGUGUCAUAUUAUACAUAGUGUAACUAUAUAUAAUGUCAAACAUAUUAUGUGCACUGAGAGUAAAAAGGAAAGAAAAAUAAUGAAACGUAUUUCAAAGGCAUUUUUCGUACGUGCACAUUAAAAAACGAACAACUCUUUACGUUCUUCGAGUGAUACUCUUUAUACGCUCUGUUGUUUUGUUUAAAGAACAUUCGUCCGUGAAUAAGUUUUUUCUUCCCCUUUUAUUAAACUUGAAACUUGGAGUAGAGGAACUACAGAAAAACAAAGAAAACAUACGAUAACGCUUAAGCGUUGUUGUAGCAAAAAUUUAUCUCACGCGCUCUCUACGUUAUAAUAACAUUACCAAAAUCAUUUUGUCGAUUGUUUUUCUUUCUUCUUUUUUUUUUAUAUUCUGCCUCGAGUAUUAUUUACAAAAUGUUAAAUAUUUGUUUAUAUGUUUAUCUGUUUACGUAUGUACAACAAAACGAAGUUGCAGGAGGAAAACUGUGGCAACUUUUUUAUAGUAUUUUCAACUCGCGAUCACACGGAACGAUUAAGUUGGAACAAGCAUUUUUUCUGUGAUUUCUAUCUUCUCACGGUUUCAAAGUAUGUUGAAUAAUUCUUAUGGCGAACAUUGUUUUGCGCAGCAGCCGUGAACGCAGUGAACACUUUACUUUAUGGUCUCGAUUAUGGAACAUUUCUGCGAGUGGCUUCCAUUUCUGCCUGUUCGAAUCAAAAAACGAGUACGUCCCGAUUAAACGAAGAUUGGCUCGCGUGGAUGCAAAAGAAACGAACGUUUGCACGAAGCCUUUAGCACAAAACUUCUGGGGAAAAAAUAAAGAAAAUGGAGUCGUUGAACGAUUCUUGUUCGGCUGCAGCACGAUUCUAAUGUUUCUGUUUCUUGUUGUUGGAUGUAUUUAGAAUGUAAGAUUUGAUCAGCAAUAGAAAUCUGUUGUGUUUGAACUCGUUGUAUUCCCGUGUAAAGAAAUCGACCGAUUGUUCUUCUGGAUAAAAAAGAAAGCGAACAGAAUUUCAAUUCAUGAGACGACAAAAACACAGCUAUGAAGUUUCAGUAGAAAGAAUAAAGCACACGAAUAGUACGUUGGAUGAAAUUUACGCUUCCCUUGAUUAACAGCAAGUGUGGGGGCGGAGUGAUCCACCGCUCGCCUUAUCUGUCCCUAUUCAAGGAGUCUUUGCGUUCUUUUGAAACUAAAAUAAGGUGGUUGUCUCCACCCGCUAUACUCAUUUUUAACCAAGAGAAGCCUGCGUUGCACCCGAACAGCAUAGACACAUUUAACAAAGCGUUUACGGUUAAAAAUUGGUACGUAGAACUAUGUUCAUAUAGUUUUCAUUCUGUUAUUUGUUCACAUAUACACAGUCGACGUUGUGUCACAUACUGCAGAAAAAAUACAAUGUUUCCUUCUUAUUUCAUUGUAAAAGUGUUACUACGUUUAUGUUACGGUGAAAGUAUUAAUUUAGUAAAUGUGUACAUUUACCAGAUAACGUAUCCGCAUUAAAUUUAUUGCGUGUGUGGUAUACACAUUUGAUAGUGAAAAUGUUAGUUCAAAAUGUGUUUUAGUUUACGUAUAUUUUUAUUAUAUAAGUUGUGUAAAUGUAUGCUUCUGUUAAUGAAAUUUAUAUUUGAUUGUAAGUACAUUUUAUUUAAUUAGUAUGUAGAUACGUUAGUUACGGUAAGUGUAUACAUUUACUGAAUUAAUGUAUUUACUGUAACACACACACACAAUUUAUAUACACAUAUAAUUCGCAUUAUACUUUCGUCGUUCCACUUCGUUCAUCAUUGUACAUUUUUGUCCGAUAUUUCAAAUUAUCGUGAGUGUAAAGUGUUCUUUUGUUAAGUGUCAUGUUAAUUGCAUUUUAUUUAUCAGAUCUUUCCCUAUUCUUCUUUUUGUAUCGCAACACACACACAUACACACAUCUUUCUUUCUCUUCUUAUCGUUUCAUUCCAUUGUGUACUUGUCCACCGAAAUAACUUUUACACCGACCUUUCAACCGCAAAAUACUUGCCAUUAAUUACGUUAGUUGCCAUAGUUCUCUCGGUUAUGUUUUUGCGGUGGUUAUUAUUAAAUAGAUUAUAUCGUAAUACGAAAAUUUCACGAGCAAAGUGUGCAAAAGAGAAGGCGUGGAAGAAGGAAACGAGAGAAACAAAACGAGUCCGCAAAAACUAAUACCACAAAACGUAUUUUGUAAAUAUUAAUUAUAUAUAAUUAUAUACAUAAUUAUAUAUAAAUAUAUAUAUUAUACGAUUAUAUAAAAAAAAAAUAUAUUAUUACCAAUUGUAAUUUUUAUUUUUUUUGUUCGUAUCCUUAUUGUCAUUGGCGUCGAUUUUUAUUGGUUUUCUUUUCUUUUUUUUUCUUGCUUUGUUGCAUCACUGCAGUAUCGUGAUUAUAACGAAAAAAUGCGAUGAUUACACUCGAUUGCAACAGUAGUUCACAAUAAUUCCAAGUAUCUCGAUACUUCAAUCGAUAAUUUAUCCUUCUCUGACGGGAAAUACUGCUGUGUUAUUUUUCUCCGAAUCUAGGCGCAUCGGUGAAGAACAUGUACAGCAAGAAAUUGAAACUCAAGUCGUACUAAUAUGUCGCAAAACGUGAACAGAGAGAAAGAUUAAUCCUUUGCCUUAUCUGCUCUUACGAAUUAAAAUUAUUCCAAAUUCCCAAAUGUCCAAAUUUUUAAAUCCUCAGAUUCAAAAGAUUCAGAGAUCGACAAUUAAAUUUCAAUACGUCUCGUUUUAAUUUUCCUUGUAAUAUUCGUUCACCGUGAUUUUGUUAAGAAAAACCUUAAGGCAGAGGAUUAAAGUGUAUCGUGUCUAGAAAGAGGUAUACGAUGUGAAUGGGUAUGUUUGUCUCUGAUGGGAAUUCUUUACGAUUAAGACUAU